CAUCCCUUUUCUCUCCGUCUCAAACUUUUACAUUACUGCAGCUGACCAUCAGAAGGAAUCGCCGCGGUGAGCGUCCUGCAUCCGCCUUCUACACCAUCAAGAAGGCCGUUGACGUCACUCUCGUCAACGACACUCCCUCUUCUUCCUCCAUCCUACCUACUCUCUCUCUCUCUCUCUGCAUACGUGCACCCCUCGUCAUUUCAGGAACACCAUGAGAAUGUGAUAUAUUUGCCAUAUAAAAGAAGAAGUCAUGCUUUGACUAGGGUUUAAAUAAGUGGUUAUAAUUGAAGAAAUGUGCAUAGGGGUAUGGAUCUAAUAUGUAAUUAUGUUUCGCUAUGCUGAAAAAGGGAGAAUACAGGAUUAUCUUUUCUCACUGAUAGAGAUGGCAGAUGAAGCCAACAGAACUGCAUUCCUUGAAAUUCAAGGUCGCAUGAUUGAGAGUACUGGAAAAAUGAAACAGGUGCAAAACCAGAUGCGUUCCAAAGAAGCAGAAAAGAAACGGGCUUAUUUGACCUUGGAGGAGCUGAAGCAGUUACCUGAUGAUACUAAUGUUUACAAAUCCAUUGGGAGAACGUUUGUGCUAGAGUCGAAGGCAGCGUUAAUGAAUGAACAGGAGAACAAGUUAAAGGACAGUGAAGCUUCAAUUAUCUCAUUACAGAGCUCGAAAGAAUAUUUGGAGAAGCAGAUAGCAGAGGUUGAAAACAAUUUGAGAGAGCUGCUACAACAAGAUCCUGGUCUUGCACGUCAAAUUAUGUCGAUGAAUGUAUGAUGUAAACUUCCUAUGAUUGAGAUUAACAACCAUUGUCCCGUAAGUCCUUAUUUAGGGCAUUCGAGCAAAUAGAAAAUUUACGACAUGAGAAUGCAAAGGAAUGAGUUGCCUGCUUUAGUGAAUGAUUUGCUAUCCUCUUUGAAAUAUUGAGUUUGACUUUGUA